AUGAAGCAGCCAAAUUACACCAAACAGCUUUUGUUGCAGCUGAACCAGCAACGAUCCAGAGGAUACUUGUGUGACGUGAUCAUCGUGGUGGGAAACGCUCUCUUCAGGGCUCACAAGAACAUCCUGGCAGCCUGCAGCAGCUAUUUUAACUCCCUGCUGCUGCGAGACAACGUGAUCGCCCUGGACACACAGAUGGUAAAGGCCCCGGUGUUCAGACAGGUUCUAGACUUCAUCUACACAGGCCAGCUACCUUCCUCUCACCAUGUUAGUGAUCAAGGUGUGUCUGCCCUCCUCAGAGCCGCUUCCUAUCUGCAGCUGUCAGGCUUGGCGGCUCUCUGCCGCAGGAAACUUAAACCCCGCAGGCCGAGCAACCCGCCAUCCUCCACCACCUCUUCCUUAACCCCAGACGGCCAACCACGAGUCACCCACAGCUACCGCUCAGGGUCCACGGAGGACAGAAAGAGUCAUAAACAGAUGCAGGUUGAGCUCCAGAGGAAGGAUCUGUCAGAGGAGGAGCUUUUUACAACGAGAUGUGCGUCUCCUGAGUCAGUUGAGAUGAAUGACAGUGUUGAAACGAGGCUGAGACUGGAGCUGAUCGGAGGGAGUCCAUCAUCCAGCAGCCUGCAGCAGAGCCCCCCACCCUCCAGCAGCAACAGCACCUCAUCUGAUGAUAACACUGAGCAGUGGUACCCAACGCUGACCACUGAUUCCCAGCAAAUGGCAGCAUACAAGAGGCCCCGAUCCAGCAGGGACGACUGUUUGGAAGGAAGCAUUGGAACAAAAAGACAGGAAGUGGAAGGUGGAGAGCUGGAGCUGGAGGACCAUGCCGAGGUUAGAGAGGAAGAUUUGGCCUUAAAUAAUGAGCUGGAUGGAAACACGCAGGUGAGCUACAUCUACCAUCAACCACAGCCUGGGUUUGCUUUGCGGGGCAGCUUGUACAUGUGCAUCCCUUGUGGGGAAGGUUUCCCAAGCUCAGAGCAGCUUAUCACUCACGUAGAGUCGCUCGCACAGCUAGAGGAGGAUGCAGAGGAGGGAAUUCUCAUUAAAGUGGAUGUCGAGGAUCCGGAGAGGUUUACGGACAUGAGGCCGAGCUGUUACGUGUGCUCGGUCUGCAGUCAGAGCUACGUGGACGCCGCUUUGCUGAAGCAGCACGAGAGGAGCCAUAGGUCGUUCUCCUGCGACCUCUGCGGGAAGAUGUUCACCCAGCGCGGCACCAUGACGCGCCACAUGCGCAGCCACCUCGGGCUCAAGCCCUUCGCGUGCGAUGAGUGCGGCAUGCGCUUCACGCGGCAGUACCGCAAAAUGGAGCACAUGAGGAUUCACACGAGAGAGAAACCGUACGAGUUUGGUGGAAAGUAA